CAAGCCAAUCUCGGUAUUGGGGGCGUGGCCUGAAUAAAACGGGUGCUGAGAGGGAGAACCCAUCACAGAAUCAUGGAGAAGGUCCCUCUGCUCAGAAACGGCGAUGAUCCGCCAGAGAGGCGAGAGGAAAGCCCCGGCUCGGCAUAAAGUCUGCAUCAUGUGAUAGUGGAUCAGAGGCGGCAGAAUGGGGCUGCGGUUGGUGGACAAGGGGCACCACAGCCAGCGGAUGGCGAUCUUUGGGGCGGUCUUUAUCAUCACGACCCUCCUCAUCCUCUACAGUUCCAAUACUGGCAACGAUCUGUAUGAUUCCUUUAAAGUGGGGGUUUACCACGAAGCCAUCAAAACCACAAACCUGAAGAAAUGGGCUGGCAAAGAAGGCUAUAUCCCUGUUUUCAGCAACAAGAGCAUGGCCCUGCAUUGUCGCCAGUGUGCACUAGUGAUGAGCUCUAGCCAUGUGCUAAGCAGCCAUGCUGGAGAGGAAAUUGACCACUCCGAGUGUGUAAUCCGCAUGAAUGAUGCCCCUACCACUGGAUUCGAGGCAGACGUGGGGAACCGGACCAGCCUGCGUGUCGUUGCCCACUCCAGCGUAUUCCGGGUCAUCCGCAAGCCGCAGGAAUUCCUCAACCGCUCAGAAAACCUGUCCAUCAUAUUCUGGGGCCCUCCUACCAAAAUAGGGCGGGAUGCUAAAGGGACACUAUACAGACUGAUCCAGCGUGUCAGCAUGACCUAUAGCAACCUUUCCAUCUUCACCAUCUCUCCAAGCAAGAUGCGCAAGUUUGAUGCGCUCUUUCAGAAGGAAACUGGUCGAGACAGACAGAAGUCUCAAUCCUGGCUUAGCACUGGCUGGUUUACCAUGGUGAUCUCUAUUGAGAUAUGUGAUAACAUCAAGGUUUAUGGGAUGGUGCCGCCAAACUAUUGUGGGAAGCACCCGCAGCCCAAACGCAUGCCGUACCACUACUACAAACCCAGAGGUCCAGAUGAGUGUGUGACGUACCUGCAGAACGAGAAGGGACGCAGAGGAAAUCAUCAUCGCUUCAUCACAGAGAAACAGGUGUUUGCUCGCUGGGCCAAGCUCUACAACAUCACCUUCACACACCCUGCCUGGUGAAAAACCCAUCUGACCCAGCCACCAGCCAAGUGAGGAACUGAGACAGCAGUCCAGGCUGUUGAGACUGAGCCAGUGCGGCUUUUGAAAGUGAGAUUAAUCUAAAAACAGCUGCUGACACACUGAUCCGAAACGGCUGAGCCAACAAAAGUGAGCCACCAAGGAUCCCAAAAGUGGAGUCCGUUAGAAAGAAGCUGCAGUAGGAAAUCUUCAGGAAAGAUCUUUACAUUCUUGCCUUUUUGUUUAAAAGAAUAAAAAGUAAAUAGAAUUUUUCAAAUUAACCUAACUGAACAAUCACACAUUAUUUAGGUUUGAUUUCUGAUGUUUCUAAACUAACUCCAGUCCCUAAAUUGCGAUGGGAAUUAGUGAAGUUGAUUCCACACAUUAACGCUCUCAAUUCUUACUCAAUACCAGAAGUGAAAACUAUCAAACCUUAAUUUCAGACCUGGAGUCCUAAAAAAUAUUAAGUAUAUAACACACUGUUGCUAGAAAUGGAAUGAACACUGAGGCCUCAUGAUGAUGUAGCUUACUGUGCUACCAUCAGAUCUUCAGGGACACAACAUAUCAGCUUAUAUACUCGACCAUAGCAAGUCGAUGUAAUAUCAUAUAAGAGACACUGUUCAAUACAGCCAAAAUACAGAGUGCCUGAAUAUGUGCCUUGUGUUUACAUGAUAAUAACAUGUUACUUAAAUAAUGUUUGCUCAAUUACAGAAGUAUACUGAUAUUCAGGUGCGAUGAACCUGAGUGAUCAAUUUCCAAUACUUAUUUCUGAUAUUUUCGACAGGAUAAAUCUUUCAGUAGGAUAAAAGUAUUCUGGAUAUUGGUACAAUUUGGUUUGGCUAUGCUAUCUUACACAAUCAACUGCAAAAUUUACAACCCCUAAUCUCCUGUUGAAAAAGAUCCUUCCACUAAAGAGCAUAAGAUCUAUUCUAAUUUACUCUGAUGUGGUGCAUCCAGACGAUUGUUUUUAUCAUUGAUGGUGGUAAUUUUGCAAAAGAUGCUAAAAGAAAGACACAGACAGGAGAAUUAAUUGUACAGUUUCCAAACCCCAUAUCAAAUUCGGUUUUUAAAUACAGCCGGUGUACGGGAGAUUUGUGUGUUGUGGAAUGUUAUCCUGACAGGUGGGAGUGAACUUUUGAACGUUACUGUGUGGAAUUGAGUUGAGAAUUCAUAGUUAUCAAACCUCUCAAAGUAAGAAUGCAGACAUAGGAUCUUUUUUAGUAAGCACUGAAUGGAACUGCACUGUCUGACCUUUGAUCAGUGUUCUGACUCGAGAAGUUUGAGAAGUUUGAGUUAACACCCAAAUCCCAAAUGAGUGGAAUCAGAAAAUCAUCUUUUUGAGAUUAACCGGUAUUGUUUAGUCACAAAAAGCUUUGUUGAUUAUUCUGAUGCAUUUCACUGUAUUUAAACUCAAUUUCAUGUUUGUUCGGUCAACAAAAGAGGUAAAUUAUGAUUAAGGUUUUAUGAGAUAUGAAGAAUUUUGCAAUAAUCAGCAAAGCACGGCUGAGUAAACUUUUAUUUUUUUUGUAAAAAAAAAAAAAA